UACAAUAUUUGGUCAAACAAAUUAGUUAUUUAUAAUAUUUUGGAAAAAGAUGAGAGUGUGUCCGUUGUGAAGGAAAAGAGAAGGAAGAAGAGACAUUUUACAUUCUUCUUUUUCUUUCUGUUCUUUAUUUUUCCCUUCAAUUCUCUUCUUCUUUGCUUGUCUCUUCACUUUUUUUUUACCCAUUGUUGAGAGAACCCAAAGCACUUCACAAAUUUUCACAGUAUUUCAGUCUAUUACUCACUUGCAGAACAUGAGCAGAGUGCGCAUUGCACAUUACCACCUGGUAUGAAUCCCACCACUGAGGACCCAACACAGCCACCACCGCCACUGCCACCGCCGCAGCCACCUCGUUCUUCAUUCAGCUGUGACAGACACCCAGAUGAAGAUUUCACCGGAUUCUGUCCAGAAUGCCUCUGUGAACGCCUCACCACCUUAGAUCAAACUGCAGCUAAUAACAAUCCUUCUUCUUCUUCUCGUCGUCCUUCUACUUCAUCUGCUUCUGCUAUUAAAGCCCUUUUCUCAAAAACUUCUACUUUUUCUACUUUUAACCAGAAGCAUCCUCCUCUUCCUCCUAAACCCUCUAAACCCACUUCAUUUUUCCCGGAACUUCGCCGAACUAAGUCAUUUUCAGCUUCCAAAAACGAGGCCUUGAGCUACUUGGGUGGUUCUGGUUUUGAGCCCCAACGUAAGUCUUGUGACGUUCGAGUACGUAACACACUUUGGUCCUUAUUUUCCCUUGACGGAGAGACAAAAACCUGCUCCGGAAACCCUCGUUCUGAGGAUACUGGUGAUGCUUUUGUCAAUAGGCCUGUUAUCGAGUUAAAAGAAGAAGAGGAAGAGGAACCAGAAAACGAUCAAAUCAGCCAAAUAGGUAACGGAAAUGUGGUGAAUGAAAUAACUGAAGAGUCUCCUGUCGAAAACAGUUUCGGUAGAGAGGUCGAUUCAGAAAUUGUGGAAGAAGAGCUGGUGAAUGGGGAUAUAUUGAAGCCGAUGAAAGAUCAUAUAGAUCUCGAUUCACAGGUGAAAAAGCCUUCAGGGGGAAGGGACUUGAAGGAAAUAGCAGGAAGCUUCUUGUCUGCUGCAUCGGUUUUCAGCAAGAAAUGGCACAAUUGGAGGCGAAAGCAGAAGGUGAAAAAACGAAACAAUUGCGAGAACUCAUCUACACUGUCAUUGGAGAAGCCCAUUUCGAGAAAAUUCAGGGACACCCAGUCGGAGAUUGCUGAUUAUGGGUUUGGGAGGAGGUCCUGUGACACUGAACCUCGGUUUUCUCUCGAUAUUGGGAGGAUUAGUAUUGAUGAUCCAAGGUACUCUUUCGAUGAGCCCCGAGCUUCUUGCGAUGUCCACUUCAUGGGAAGGAGCCUUCCCAGGGUUCCACCUAUGGUUUCAGUGAUAGAAGAUGCACCAGUAGUGCAUGUUCAACGGGCGGAUGACCAAAUUCCGGUUGAAGAGUCACCUGUUUCAGCGAAUUGCAUUGGUGAGGAAGCUGAUUUGCCUGGAGGGUCUGCUCAAACUAGGGACUAUUACUUGGAUUCGUCUUCGAGGCGAAGGAAGAGCCUUGAUAGAUCUAACUCAAUUAGGAAAACAGCAGCUGCUGUAGUGGCAGAAAUUGAUGAGAUGAAGGCAGUGUCUAAUGCUAAAGUUCUGCCUGAGAGGGAUUUGAAUUCGAUUUCCAAUUCUAAUUCUUUAAGGGAUGAUUUCUCGGAGACUUUUGAAUUGACAGGAUUUAAGGAUAGUGCUUCUGGGAUUGGAAAUGGGGGGGAACGGAAGGGAUCAAAAAAGUCAAAGAAGUGGGCCUGGAAUAUAUGGGGUUUUAUACAUAAGAAAGGUAAUGGAAACAAAGAUGAGGAAGAUGACAGGUAUAGUAGAUCAAAUGGAGUGGAGAGGUCAUUUUCAGGAUCUUGGCAAGACACGAGGAGGGAGACAAAUGGUGAUUUAAAAGGGGGUCUUAAUAGGAAUAUGUUUAGGAGUAAUAGCAGUGUUAGUUGGAGAAAUUCAACUAAUAUUGGUGGAUCUUUUGGAACUGUGAGGAAUCUUGGCAUUGAUACUAAUGGCAAUGGUAAAAAGAAAGAUGAUUUUGUGUUGGAGAGGAACCGGAGUGCAAGAUAUUCGCCUAAUCAUAUCGAUAAUGGGUUCUUGCGGUUCCAUUUUGCUCCCAUGAGAGGCAGCCGCAGAAGUUUACCAGCACAAAGUAGGCCAAAUGGGAGGAGCGUACUUCGCCUAUACUAAAAUCCAAGGAACACAACUUAAGGCUUUAGAUGUAUUGCAAGUUUGUUCAUCUUUCUUGGUAACAAUCGUGAGAGUGAAGUCAGUCCUGUUUAAGUUUUCCUCAUGGACUUGUUGGUUAGAGGCUUUAACGUAAUUCAGUCCGAUAAGGUUGGAAGAAAUCCAGCGUCCCUGGGAGAACUGAACUUACCAAGAGAGCAUUGGAUUGCAAAGAUGCGAACGAAACAGAUUCCUCAGUUUAAAAAGACAGUUGUUUACGCUGCUGACGUAUCGGAUAGAGAUUUGAGUAGAAAAACUGAAUCUUUCUUCCUUCAACUGUAGCACAUACAUAUUUUUUUUUAUCUGAAUUGAUAUUUGUAGUACAAUGCCUGCAUGGUUCAGAUAAUAUGCUUUUGGUCCUGCGGAUAUAUUUAUAUAAUAUAUAGAUUUACAACUUA